AUGAGUCAGUUUGAUCCGUUGGGGCUUCUUUCCCAUUUCCUCAUCCAUGGCCGCGUUAUCAUUCAGGAUAUAUGGCGCACAAAAGCUGGUUGGGACGACGUGGUAGGCAAGCCAAUCCUUGAACGAUGGCAUUUGUGGGUAGCCAAAUUCAACGACCUGAAAGCUGUUCGUAUACCUCGUGCCUAUUUUCCGGGCGUAACGGCAUCAGAAAUCGAGGACUUGCACUUGCAUAUAUUUGUCGACGGCAGCGAGACUGCCUAUGCUUGUGUCGCCUACUUGAGGGCCACCAUCCAUGGAAAGUUCCAGUGUGCACUUGUCGGAGGAAAAGCGAAAGUAGCACCUUUGAAAACGUUAUCCAUUCCGAGGCUGGAGCUGCAGGCGGCGUUAAUAGGCUGUAGGUUGAUGAAAACGUUAUGCAGCAGUCACAGUCUCCCAAUAUCGCGACGAGUGAUUUGGACCGAUUCAAAAACCGUCCUUUCGUGGAUCCAUUCUGAUCAUCGUCGCUAUCGACAGUUUGUCGCCUGCCGGAUAGGAGAAAUCCUCUCCAAGACAAACAUUGAGGAGUGGCGGUACGUUCCAUCGAAAAUCAACGUCGCGGAUGAUGGAACCAAGUGGGCUAGUGGACCAAACCUGAAACCCGACAGCCGUUGGUUCAAAGGCCCGGAGUUUCUAUGGGCACCAGAGGAGGCUUGGCCACAACAAGUAAAACCAGAGGAAACCGAAACCGAAGCUCGACCAUGUCACAUCCAUAUAGCAGUGCAACCUGACGAAAUCAUUAACUGGGAACGCUUUUCGAAGUUCGAGAGGCUCCAAAGAACAGUUGCAUACAUCCACCGCUUCACAGACAACUGUAGACGCAAGGCGGCAAAACAACCACUGCAAUCCUCGCACAUUACCCAGGAAGAAAUCUAUAGAGCUGAAAAUACCCUAUGGCGAUCGGCGCAGCUAGCUGAGUUUCCGGAAGAGAUGGUUCGACUCCAGAUGACAAAAGAUGGAGGAAAAUCGAAACUCAACCAAGGUAGCCGUCUUUACAAGCUAUCACCGUUCAUCGACGAAUGGGGAGUAGCGCGAAUGGACACUCGAAUCGCUGGGGCAAUCUUCGUUCCGCACGAUACUAGAUUCCCAAUCAUCCUCCCGAAGGGUCAUCGCCUCACCAACCUGGUCGUAGAGUGGUAUCACCGACAUUAUCUGCAUGCGAACAAUGAAACCGUUAUCAACGAGAACCUGUAUGCAGUGCAGAGUGUCAAAGGCAAAACCGCUGUGCCCACGUGA